AUGAGUAACUACCAGGAAUACCUUCCUAAUUUCUUUCCACGACUACGUGAUCAGGCCCGUCGCUUCUCCGAGUCGUCGCCCUCCCUUGGGCCAUUCCAGCUGCCGCCAUUUCCUCAAGUCCCCGACUUCAGCGCCUGGACCGCCAGAUUUUGGAACAACACUUCGCCACCACCAGACUCAGCAGAAGCAGUAGGCAGCGAGUCCACAGUACAGGCACUCGCACGCACUAUACAGCUGUGGACACAGCAACUCAAUAGCGAUCCCUUCUCGCCGCCCCUAGAACCUUUACUCGAUUCUCCGCAGCCCACGCCGCGAGAUGCGACCACCACGGAAUUUCCACCCUUAGAAACCGAGACUACCCCAGCCAGGCCAGCUAGACUAGAGGAUGUGAGAGCAAAUUCGGAGACGUCCCUGAACCCAGCGCGGCGGCUGGUCAACCGCUCAAGAAUGUUCUCAGACCCCAGCCGAGAGCAUUCGCAGUCAGAUCCGUUGGCGGUCUCAAACUUCACACAAACAUCACAACCACAGCCCGACCAGGGUUCAUCGGACGUGUAUAUGGAGGAUGGCUAUGUCAGGAGACGAGAUGGGUCCGACACGCUGCCUGAAGACGAUGGCAUGGGCCCCGUCAGACAACGCAUAAAUGCCAUUUGGACUGGGCCAGGCACGCCAAUGGAGAAGUCCCAGCUGAUCCAUGUCCUGAUGAACGAGAGGCACAAGGCCAUGCAGAAAGACAAACGACCUGCUCGGUCACGUGCACCAACUGAGUAUCAAGCUUCGAACACAACUACUCAAGAGCAGUUCGCAUUCAGGCUGACCGAGCGAGAUCUGCAGCCUUCCUACGCUCCGCUUAACGAGGAAGAAAUCGAGGCUGGCAUCACUGAGCGGUCUCUCGGAUGCAGCCACUAUCGCAGGAAUGUGAAGAUGCAAUGCUUCACAUGCAAUAAAUGGUACGCCUGCCGCCUUUGCCACGAUGCAGCCGAAAACCAUGUCCUGCCUCGGCGCGACACGAAGUUCAUGCUUUGUAUGCUGUGUCAGACACCUCAAGCCGUAUCUCAGACAUGUAAUGCUUGUGGCGAGGACGCAGCGUAUUACUACUGUGCGAUAUGCAAGCUGUGGAACAACGACCCUCGGAAGUCGAUCUAUCAUUGCAACGACUGCGGUCUGUGUCGGGUCGGCCAAGGUAUCGGCAAGGACUACUUCCACUGCAAGACUUGCGCGGCCUGCAUGAGCAUUCGUUUCCAGGAUGAGCAUCGCUGUAUUGAGCAUUCCACGAAGUGUGACUGUCCAAUAUGCGGCGAGUAUCUCUUCGACAGCACAUCGCCCAUCUCUUUCAUGAGAUGCGGACACAGCAUUCACACUAGCUGCUUCAAGGAGCUGUGCGCGAUUACGUACAAAUGCCCGAUCUGCUCGAAAUCGGUCGAAAAUAUGGCGUCGCAGUUCCAGCGAUUGGAACGCCAUAUCGAAAGUCAGCCUAUGCCGCCAGAGUAUGCCAACAAGAAGGCUUACGUCUUCUGCAAUGACUGUCUGAAUAAAGGCGCUUCGACUUAUCACUGGCUUGGAACGAAGUGUAUCUUCUGCGAUAGCUUCAACACAGUCCAGCUUGAGAUGGUCGGCGAGGCUUCGACGGUACAGUUGCAGAUCCAAGAGCAGGCACAGACUCACCUAAACGAGGCAGGACUGGCGGAAAGCUCCAUGACGGCAAGUCAGACGCACACGCCAGUCACUGAUCUAGAUCAGCAGCCGCCGUACCCUAUAUCAGACACCCUUUCACCUCGGCGCCCAGUCCCGGCGCAAGCACGCCCCUCGACAGCAUCGAUCAACAAUGCAGCGACCACCGCACCAGUCGCCACCUCUCCCCAAGUCCACUCCCGCUCCGCUCGCUCACCUUCGCCUGUCGUAAGCAGCUACUUUGGCACGGGCGAGACUCAGUCCCAACGAUCUUCCACGCCGACGACAAUGGGCACUACAGCCAGUGCAGCCAUGAGCAGUGCUGCGGCCAUGGCAGCCGCAGCAGGCGCCGAGUUUGCACGGCGCAUCAGUUCUGUCGGACGAGCCACGCCAGGAGUGGACGAUGAGGACGAGGAGAUGGACUUCUGGGGUGCGGCUAAACAAGUCCACAGGAAACCCCCAGAUAUGACGUCCACCACGCCCCAAAACCGCGCCGCGCUCAUUACCGAACCCAAGGCCCACCCCUUCCAGAUCACCACCUACCCCUACCACCGCCCCCAAGCCAACGAAAUCACGAUCCGCAACCGCGCCGCAGCCGUCAACCCAACUGCCGUCGGCAUCCAGUCCCUUGGUAUACUCGUCAAGGACUAUCCCGCUGUGGUUGGCUGCGAUGUUGCAGGAGAGAUCGUUGAAGUUGGCGCCGGAGUCAAAGGUUGGGAAGUUGGGGACAGGGUCGUCGGUGCGGCGACGCCGCUCGAUACACGUGACGAUGGUAAGGAAGGAGUCGUGUACCAUCGAGCUGGGUUUCAGGAGUACGUGGUGGUCAAGCUUCCCCAGAUAGCGAAGAUCCCUGAGGGGGUGGAGUAUGAAGACGCGUGUGUCUUGCCAUUGGGCCUGAUUACUGCAGCGAGUUGCCUCUUCGUGGAUGGGCUCUUGGGACUGGGGUUGCCGAAGGUCGAUGCAUCAGCAGAGAAACCGGGCACGGGCAAGACGCUGAUCGUGUGGGCGGCGAGCUCGAGCGUGGGCUGUUGUGGCGUGCAACUGGCGAGUCAGGCAGGGUAUACCGUUGUUGGGGUGGCGAGCAAGCGGAAUCAUGCCAUGGUCAAAGAGGCUGGGGCAGCGGUUUGUUUUGAUCAGGGCGACGCGGAUGUGGUGGAGCAGAUCGUUCAGUAUCUCAAGGAGACGAAGGCGGAGGUGGCAGGAGCGUAUGACGGUAUCUCAAAGGAGGAAACAAUCGUCCCGCUCUCCGAGAUCCUCCAUCAGCACAAGGAAGCAGGCUUCGAGUGCCGGAAGUUCAUCGCCGGCGUCUUCUUCGACGCGGAGAAGUAUGCAAAGCAUGGAGUGGAGGUGAAGUUGAACUUCGCGUAUACGCUAGAAACGCAGAAGGAGUUGGUGGGGAAGGUCUGGGAAUGGGUCGGCGCGGCGCUGGCGGAUGGGAGGCUGAAGUGCUUGCCGCCGAAGAAGAUUGUGGGCGAGGGGAAAGGUUUGGAGGGUUGUCAGGCUGGCAUGGAUGAGUUGGCGGGUGGGAAGAUUAGUGGCGCGAAGGUUGUGGUGAAAUUGUGA